AUGACAACGACGCCACCAGCAGCAAUCUACUCGCCGAGAAGAACCGCCUGCACAAAUCCUUCGUCAAUCGCCUUACCGGAAACAACAAAGCAGCCUUCUAACGUAAUCGCCGCCUUUGCAAUAGCGGCUGCGGGAGAUGCAGAAGGCGUGGAUGGCUCGCAAGGCCGCGAAGAUUCAGGGAUAUGCGGACCGCAGCGGAUGUAAGAACUUCUUCACUUCGAUCAGUGCUGUCUACGGUACCACAGCGUCGCUCCUUCUCCCAACGCCGAUGGAACAACCCUACUCACUGAAAAGACACAAAUCCUACAACGAUGGGCCGAGCACAUCAGAGGCGUCCUCAACCGUCUCUCCACCAUCUCUGACGCCGCCAUCGCCCGUCUGCCUCUAGCGGAGAGCAACGCCGACUUCGACCUCUGGCCCUCUCUCCACGAAGCCAGCAGCGCCAUGCAGCAGCACUCCAGCGGUAAAACGACCGGAUUAGAUGCGAUCCCUGUUGAGAUCUACAAGCGCGUUAGCCUUCAACACAUGGAUCAUAUGAUGUCGCUCUACAGAGAAAUGUGGCGUCAAGGAGAAGUCCCCCAGAACUUCCAGGACGCCACAAUCGUCCUCCUCUACAAGCUGAAAGAUAAUCGUCAGCUCCGCGACAACCACAGAGGCAUCUCCCCGCUGAACAUCGCCGGGAAGAUCGUCGCUCGCAUUCUUCUCAACCGUCUGAACAGCCAUCUAUGA